GACGCUCAACGAACGCGAUGGGGGGUGGUAUUGGGGAGAGCAGAAGGCGGAGGACACGGAUCGAGAAGGGGUGGAGCAUUCUAAGUACUUGGAUGGGAGAGCAGUUCACAGUUGUCGUGGGCCUCGCAAUCGGACGCGCGGUGACUUUUCGCACUACACAGGAUGGUUUCGGAGCAUCGCCCAGACCGCGCAUCGGCAAUCACCU